GUUUUAACACCUUUAGGUAUUGCAAAAUGUGAUGAUCCCCGGGGGGUUCAUUAUUCAGUCUUCUCAGAUCGGUGUAAUUCAAUUUUCCAGCAAAUAGAUUGUGUUCUUUGAUUACUGAGGAUCAGCUCUUUGAAGAGGAUUUUACACUGAUCGUGUCGCACUUCAAACAUUGGGAGAUAGUAAUUGAUCGAGGGAAUUGAGCGGGGAAUUGAGAAGUGAUGAUCCUUCAAUAUCGUGCACAGAUUCAUGAGUUGUCAUUAAUAAUGGUUCUGGCUACGUGUGUGCACCGCUGACACGUCUUGAGCUUAUUCAGCUGAUACGACAGUGAUACGAUAAUAUUGGUCAGAUAACUUAAUGAUGUCACUAGAGGAGAAACCUGUGUAUAGCAGAUUAUUUACAUCGAUGUCUAAAAAAUCGGAUAAGAAGGAUUUAUCUAUCUCAGAGUGAAUACAGAAGUACAGGGUAUCUGAAGAGGUUGAACAUAACUAUUUUCAAAGUCCAAGCUCAUUAUGUCUGAUAAAAACAUGUGGUGACGGUUAUUUCUACAUAUGCAUUUGAAAUCAAUGUUUGAUCGAGCCUAUAGAAUCUAUAUAAGCAUAAACGUUGAUAAAAGAUUAUAUGACAAGGAUAAUGUUAUGAUUUAGAAGUAAAGUCUACUCGAAAUGAUGGCAUAUUUGAGGAGCGUUCCGUGAUGAAACUCAAUUUACCACAAUAUCAAAUAAUCACGAGAUAAUAUCUCAGUAAAUCUGAACGCAGCCUGGUCAUAACAAAGAUGGAUUUAGCUAUCGUUCAUAUACUGUUUCUUUUUACUCAUCUUGUCGUUGUAAGGGCGGACGAACACCCCGCGGACGAGGAACGCGUCUACAGCUUUGUGGUACCUGAGAAUGACCGAGUAUACGUGGCGUUUACAGAUAAGGAUGACGCUAAACGCAUGGAGAAUGCCCAGAGACAGUUACUCGAGAUGCAGCACAAGGUUCUACACGAAAUCCUUAUGAAGGAGAACAUUUCAAACACCGUCAUGUCACUUCUAGAGCGAGUUGUAAAGCUGGAAACGUCAGGGAAUAUUAACAAAGACAUAGAAAUCAAGUAUGCAGAAAUUGAACAAAAGGUUGACGAUCUCACAUAUCAAGUUGUUGACAAAAAUACGGAAAUAAAAGCGUUGAAAAAUCGUAAUCGCAUGUUGGAGAACAGAGUUCGGGCCCUGGAGAACAAGUACGCCGACCAGGUCCAAUUAUUCCAGUCUCUUUCGAUGGAGAUUGCACGUGAAAAAGCGAAUGCCGUAACGCAGAAUGCGAACAUAGAGAGACAGCAAUUAGACAUGCUAAAAAUGCGAACGGAUCUUGACCAAAUCAUAACUUAUACGCAAAGUGUGAACACUACUUUGAACUUGGUCUUAACCGACACGAACUGGCAUAAGAAAAUCAGUUCUUACAAACUAAUCGAAAAGAGAAUUAGUGAAGUAGAGAAAAGUGCAAAGGGUCUGCUAGGGAAGAUAACAUCUAUUGAACAUGAAAGAGGGAGCUUCAUCACACGCAACGAGCAUUCGGAUCAUUUGUCGAAAACACAAUUAUUAGAUGGUGAUUUGGGGAAGUUGAAAGAAGCGUUGAAACACCAUGUUAAACAUUUGAAACGACUGAAUGCCACUAUGAACAGUAUCACCUCUAAAUUUGAUGAUGGGUUCGAAAAAGAAAAUGAAAAGGUCUUGAACGAAUUACGCGCAAGUUUGCACAAUCUUUCGUCUAUUUGGAGCGCUGUUGAGAAUGGUCCUCCUAUGGGUGGCCCCUCGUCUGAUUCACAUACAGGAAGUGAUUCCGGCAAAACUGAAAAAUCGGAAAUAUCAACCCGUAAAGCAGGACACGACUCAGUGUUUGGUAAAGAUAAAAACAAUCCUGGUGAAAUAACAAGCUCCAUUGAGAAACAUAACACUAGACCUGAGGUGGAAUAUGAAGAUGCAUUUGAAAGAGAAGAUUCCCAUGAUCUUCCAACGACUAAAGCUACAGCAGACGAUACUAUAGAUGAUGCAAACAAAACAGAUGAAUCCAAAACAAAAAUAGUCGAUAAAACGAGUAAAAAUGAAACGCCGUUGAUAGAUUACGAGCGUCUAGAUGACGAUAGAAAGCUUCAUGAAGAAUCUGGAAUCAAAUCAGACGACAGAAUGAACGAAGUUGAACAAGCUCCCGAUGUCCCAAUAACCGUUACGCAUGGUGUGCCAGUGCGUAGUUCUACAGAUAUAUCUGACAAAUCGACAAUUCCAGAAAAUAGGAAUAUUAAUGUCGAUGAGAGCACCACGCUAUUUUCAGUUGAAGUGAAUUCUUUAGAUAAUGCAAGGGAAAAUGAUCCUGUGUCGCAAAUAGAAGAUAAAGAAUGCCGUAUAAAGACUAUAAAAGAGGGCGUUGUUGUGAGGGUGUUCGCUCGAUACAUCACAGGAGCAUGGAUGAAGGACCCAACGUCUCACCUGGACACAAUCUGGGUGUUUAUGGACAAUGUAGAGGUGAAUCGUCUCGUCGAGUAUGCGGAUGAAGCCGCUUUGAGGAAAGACAAUCCUACUGAAACAUAUCGUCUUCCACGCGCAUGCGCUGGAACUGGCCAUGUUGUAUACCGGGGCUCCCUGUACUGUAAUAUUCACGGCACCAACCAGAUCAUGAAAUACAGCUUCAACACUCACACUAUCCUAGCUCGGGGCAUGGGACAGGCUGGUUUUAACAAUACCUUCCCAUAUUCCUCUGGAGGUUCAACCGAUAUUGAUUUUGCAAUCGACGAGAAAGGCCUCUGGGUGACAUACUCCACCAAGGCGGCGAAGGGUGGCAUUGUCAUCAGUAAAGUGAAUCCCAAUACAUUAGCAUUGGAGCAAACAUGGUACACAGACAUUCCUAAACAGAAAGUUGCCGAUACCUUCAUGAUAUGUGGUGUUCUUUAUGCAGUAGUCUACCACGAUGACCGACCUAGUGAGAUCGAAUACAUGUACAACACAAACACUAACUCUGUUGUCGCAAAUAAAGCACUCUCCUUCGUAAGUUAUCCAGAAUUCAACGUUAUGUUGGAUUACAAUCCCCGAGAGCGACAACUAUACGCAUGGAGAUUUGGUAUGAGCUGGGAUGGCCUACUUCUCCAGUAUCCCAUUACUUUCGAAGAUGACUAGAUACAAUUUCAAUUCAAGUAUUGUUCCAUUGAUGAUACGACCGGACACAGGCGUACACUCCCCACCCCUCAAUAGCACGUGAAACGUGUUGAUUUUUUCUUAACGACAUAGGUCGGACUUUAAUGCUUGAAAAUCGCUUAAAAAUACAGGUCUUUAACACAUGGUCCAAACGUGGAGUUGAGGUUGCCCAACAAAUGAGGGAAGUGUAUGCAGGUUUUUGACAUUGGCAUGCGACGUUUUUAGAAUUGUAGUAUUAAAGUGAGAAUUUGUUACAUAAUAAUGAUAAAAUAAUGAUGCAAACGCAUGUGUUGCGCCGAGAUUUGUUUGUUACAAUGGAUUUUUUCAAGUUAAUUGUAAAACCAGAUAACCAGAAUAUAUUAAUUUAUCCUUCGUAAUAAGUACUAAUACGAGGGUAUAUCAGUCAUAAAGUUCUCAUAAUAUCUCUCUUAUAUUUUU